AUGGCAACAAAAAAAACUCCGGAACCUUUAAAUAAAUUAAGUCAUUCUAAUAGCAAAAAUGAUCAUGAACAUAGUCAUCAAUCAACCCAUGAUCAAAGUCAAAUAAAUUGUUUUUUUAAAGCAUGUGAUCGUGAAGCAAGUGAAAAAUUAUUACGUGAUGCAUAUACAAAUUAUAAACAAAAAAAUGGUAUUUAUAUGUUACGUCAAUCGGAUCGUGAUGAAAGUAAAUUUAUUUUAUCAUUAAUUAAAGAUGGACGAUGUUUUCAUUAUCGUACACAUCAUAUGGGAAAUGGAACAUUUCUUGAUGAAAAAACUGAGAAAAUCUUUAAUUCAUUAGACGAAUUACUUGAAUAUUAUCAAACAGAUGGUGUACGUCAUUUACGUUGUCCAUUGACAAUAUCUUUACGCGGUCAUUCAUUGCCAGCAUUUGCACAACGACAUAGUACAACAACUGUUCUUCAUCAAGCAGCUACUAAAGGUCAACGAGACGUUAUUCUAUCAAUUCUUAAUGAUUCAAAUUCUCCGGAUAUUCAUUCAAAAAAUGAAGAAGGAAAUACACCAUUACAUGAAGCAUGUUUUUUUGGACGAGAUGAUGCUGUUAAAGUAUUAUUACAAGCUGGUGCUAAUUGGAAAUUUGUAAAUAGACUUGGAUGGACAUCAUUACAUCAAGCAGCUUUAGGAAAUAGUCCAACUGUUGUUGAUUUACUUUUUAGUUGUGCUCAUGCAGAUAUGGAUGUACGAAAUCCAUUCAAUUUAUAUGCACCAAUUCAUUGUGCUGCUGCAUGUAAUAGUCUUGAGACUAUAACAACUUUAAUUACACACGAUUCACCAUUACGACCAUUGACAGAAAAUGGAGAAACACCGUAUGAUUUAGCUAUUAAACAUAAUGGAAAUGAAUGUGCUGAAAAACUAGCGGCUGUUCGAUCAAAACCUGCUUUAUCUCGUCGUUCAAGUUAUUAUCAUGGUUCAUUAACGAAUAAUCAAAUGCGAGCAUUAUUAAAUUAUUUCAAAAAACAUGAUGGUUAUUUUUUUGUUCGACAAAGUUCAUCUGUUCAAGAUGAUUAUGCAAUAUCAAUUAUUUGGCAAAAUCGACUUAUUCAUGAAAAACUUCAUAAAAAAAAUUCUAAUUCAUAUUAUUAUGAAAAUCGUCUUCAUUAUCAUGAUAGUCUUGAACAUGCUAUUGAUUAUUUUAUGAAAGUAUAUAAAGGUGUAGUGAAACCAUUGAGUCCAGAAGUAGCAAAAGCAGCCUACACAAAUGAAUUCUCACCUUUACCAUCUCAACGAUCAUUUUCAUCAAGUUCUAAAAGUCUUAAAUUAUCUAACCAUGUUCUACAUGAACCAUCUAGCUCCGAUCUUAUGGGAACUUCCGGUUAUUUUUUAUUUUUACGUCCAUUAAAUAAGUAUAUAAAUUGGUUUUUUUUUUCUCAAAUAGAAGUUAAUCCAUUUAAUACAGGACGUUCACAAAAUGUACAUAAUAAACAAAAAAUGCUUUCAACAAUUGAGAAAAGACUUGUUAAUCCACUUGUAAAUAAAAGAGUGGUUAUUAUUCGUGAAGAACAAUUAACAGUUACUAAAUUAUUAGGUGAAGGUAAUUUUGGAAAAGUUUUUGCCGGAGAAUAUCGAGAAGAACAUGGACAAACUGUACCUGUUGCUAUUAAAGCAUUAAAAGCAACAAUGGAUGCAAAAGCUCGAGAAGAAAUGAAAAAAGAAGCUUUUGUUAUGAAAGAAUUAUCACAUCCAUGUAUUGUUCGACUUUAUGGUGUAUGUCAAUCGAGAAAAAUGAACAGCACAAUGAUGGUUCAAGAACUUUUGUUAAUGGGAUCAUUAUUGGAUUAUUUAAAAACACAUGUAAAAAAUUCAAUACGUUCAUUAUUUGGUCUAUGGAUAACACAAAUUAUACAUGGAAUGGCUUAUAUGGAACGAAAACGUUUUGUUCAUCGAGAUCUUGCUGCAAGAAAUAUUUUAAUGCAAUCUCAUUCACGAAUAAAAAUAUCUGAUUUUGGUUUAUCACGUAGUGUUGAUUCAAAUGAUUAUUAUGUUCAACAUAGUGAUACACCAAUACCAAUUGCAUGGUAUGCACCAGAAUCACUUUUUCGCUAUAAAUUUACAAGUAAAAGUGAUGUUUGGUCAUUUGGUGUUACGAUGUGGGAAAUCUAUUCAUUCGGUCAAUAUCCUUAUGGAUCAAUGCCUACUGAAGAGAUCACUCAAUUCAUUGAGGCUAAUGGUCGUCUUCAACGUCCACCUGGUUGCAGUUCUUCUACAUAUGAGAUUAUGCUUCGAUGUUGGGUACAUGAACCACAUGAUCGUCCAUCAUUUCCAGAUUUACUUAAAAUUUUAGCCAAUCGUUCAGAAUUUAUUUCAGCUAUUCAACAUUUUCAAGCAUUAUCAAAAUAUUAA